UUCAUCAUACCAAAUAUAUUAUUAAACAGGUGAGUGAAAUGAUAACCUCCACCGGAGCACUCUUCAAGCUAACAGCCGUCAGAUUUCCGGUCACAAAUUCAAGCAACGGUGCACCACCGCCGGACUCUCACAACAAUCCACCACCACCACCACCAUCACCGUCUCCACCGCCGCCUCGAACGCCGUUGCUAUCAGUCCCGAAGCCAUCGUGGAUUGUUAGAACAGAGUCAAAUGUUAGAAUAGAGAAAAGACGAACACCAGAUCCUCCUUGCGUUGUUUGCAGAGGCAGUGGCAGAGUCGAUUGUUUUGAUUGUUCUGGAAAAGGUAGGACGAAUGGUGUUGACUUAGCUAUGCUACCGAAUGGCGAGUGGCCAAAAUGGUGCAAGACUUGUGGUGGUAGCGGGCUUGCCUACUGUUCUCGUUGUCUAGGUACGGGAGAAUAUCGGUAUCUUAUGGGAUUUCAUUUCAUGAAGAAAGACGAAGAUGAAGCUCAAAAAAAUAUGAAGGUUCGUGAUGUGUUACGAGCUCGCAAAAGGGCAGAAGAUUUGCUCCCAAAUGAUGAGAUAUCUUGAACAGAAUAUGUUGGAAAUGUAGAUCACUAAAGGCUAUAAAACUGUCUAUUGUAUUUUAAGCAGAUUUCUAGUUUAGGUUCUUGUUGUCCUAUUUACAUGGGUAUAUUCAAUUGUGAUAUAGAAGAGGGACCAAAAACACCUGUAUUUAUUGCUUUAAACGUGAUACAUAAAUACGGUUAUAUAACGACAUGACCGUCUUUCUUUCU